UUCCUCUGGCUUUGCCUUUCUGCAGUGCUCUGUGUCAGGCUUGAGCUGGGAACCAUGAGGCUCUGCAUCUGCCUUGUAUUGCUGUCCCUUGCUCUGUGUGCAAGUGCUGACAUCCUUGAUGGGGGACGAUUUGUCUGGGAUGCGAUGGGAGGGGCAUGGGAUAUGUUCAGAGCAUACAGGGACAUGCGUGAGGCAAAUUUUAAAAAUUCUGACAAGUAUUUCCAUGCUCGUGGGAACUAUGAUGCUGCCCGAAGAGGACCUGGUGGUGCCUGGGCAGCCAGAGUCAUCAGUGACGCCCGGGAAAACUGGCAAGGCGGUGUGAGUGGCAGAGGUGCAGAGGACACCCGAGCCGACCAGGAGGCCAACGCGUGGGGCAGAAACGGCGGAGACCCCAACCGCUACAGACCUCCGGGCCUGCCCAGCAAAUACUAG